CAACUGGGCAGUGAUUUUUAACAGAGACACUCUUGUUGAGUCCUGCAGACUGAACAGUCACAGGCUCUUUAGAGGAUUCUCUGGUUUUCUGCCCCUGGGAGUUUUGACUUACCUGAUUUAGCUGGAGGUGACUUUAAUUGCAGUAUCAUACAGGACCAUCAAAAGCCAGGAUGCAGGUGUCAUUAGUGUGCACAGACCAUCGUGGGGGGGUCAGCCGCAAUACAGAGGACCGGCUAAACCGACAGAAUGCCAACAGCCCUAACACAGGCACCCGCUGCAAGUUCAGAGCAGUGGCGAUGGUAGCUCGCAGUCUCGGACAGCUCUCUGUUCAGAGUGUGCCUUCCUCCAGCGAGCAAAGCAUGAAGACUGGCAUGAAGUAUAGAAACCUCGGGAAGUCGGGCCUGCGGGUAUCCUGCCUUGGAUUAGGAACAUGGGUGACGUUCGGUGGACAGAUAACAGAUGAGAUGGCAGAACAGCUGAUGACUCUGGCCUAUGAAAAUGGCAUAAAUCUGUUUGACACAGCAGAGGUCUAUGCUGCUGGGAAGGCAGAGAUGGUACUGGGAAAUAUCAUAAAGAAGAAAGGAUGGAGACGUUCAAGUCUGGUGAUAACAACAAAGAUCUUCUGGGGUGGAAAAGCUGAGACUGAAAGAGGUUUAUCCCGAAAACAUAUUAUAGAAGGUUUAAAAGCCUCUCUAGAAAGACUGCAGUUAGACUAUGUGGAUGUGGUUUUUGCCAACAGACCGGAUCCUAAUACACCCAUGGAAGAAACUGUCCGAGCAAUGACCCAUGUGAUAAAUCAAGGCAUGGCCAUGUACUGGGGAACAUCCCGUUGGAGCCCAAUGGAGAUAAUGGAAGCGUACUCUGUUGCACGGCAGUUCAACCAGAUUCCUCCUAUCUGUGAGCAAGCAGAGUACCAUAUGUUCCAGAGAGAGAAGGUAGAGGUGCAGCUGCCUGAGCUCUUCCAUAAGAUCGGUGUCGGGGCCAUGACAUGGUCACCACUGGCCUGUGGGAUCAUCUCAGGGAAAUAUGACGGCAGGGUGCCUCCCUACUCUCGGGCCUCUCUGAAGGGCUACCAGUGGUUGAAGGACAAGAUCUUGAGCGAGGAGGGCCGUCGUCAGCAGGCGAAGUUGAAAGAGCUGCAGGCAAUCGCGGAGCGGCUGGGCUGCACUCUGCCCCAACUCGCCAUCGCAUGGUGCCUACGGAACGAGGGGGUGAGCUCUGUCCUUUUAGGGGCAUCUAACACCGACCAGCUGAUGGAGAACAUAGGUGCGAUACAGUCCUCCUCUCCUGGGUACAGCUCGGCCUCUUGGGCAGUUUGCUGCAGCACGCUUCGGUGCUUUACUGUACUGAGUUAAUAAGGUCAGCGGCGUAUCAAUUGCCAGGGGGACUGGAGACGAGCUCACGGCCACUUCUUCCUCUCCUGAUAAGAUGCUCUUUUUUUAAUGGGCUUUUUUUAGACUGGUGGGGGUUUACAUCCUGUCCUCACAUUAUGUCUGGUCUGCUGUAAAGAGCAUUCCUAUCCUCCUGUAUUCUGAUGCUUUGGGUGGGGGUGUGUGUCAGUGCAUUAGUUUACUAGAUAUGUGCACACUAGAUGUUUCUUUUCCCUUUGAUAUUUCCAUUUUGAAAUGUUAUGCUCACAUUUCCCAAGGGCCCUGCAGUUUUACUUUUACCAGGAAUUUUACGUCACAGACCCCGAAAUAAACAGUUUCUCGUUUGAAAGCAGUAGUAGAUUACAUUUUAUUUAAUUACAUCAUGGCGAAAUUUAAAAAAGCCUAUUGUGAAACUAUUUUUCUGGAUUCUUGUAAAGGAAUUUACAAUAAAAACAAGGUUACAGUUGCAGCUGAACAAGUGAAU